AUGAAGCUUGAAGAGAUUUCGAAACAAAAAGAUGUGCUGCGUCAGAUAUCUGAAGCAAGUGACGCCAUCAGACGAAAGCAUAAAAUGCUGAAGUUAGGUAAAGAUAGCGCUGAAAAAGCUAUGGGUGAAAUGUUCAAACCCAUAGUUACACCAUUACAGAGCCUAGUUGAAUCGUCGAAACAAAAAAUUAAGCAAGAAGUCAAGGAGGAAAUUAAAGAAGAGGUUAAACAAAAGGACAAUUCAACACUCAACAAUAAAACUGAAUUUGAUGAUACAAGUCAUUAUGAUAGCUUAAUCUCUGAUGACGAUGUGAGUAGUAGAACUCUUAAUGAGACCCAAAUAAAUCCCUCUGCUUCAAGUACUCCUGCUAAACCGGGUAGUUUAGUUAAAUCCUAUUUAGCCAAAGUGUAUAGAAAAAGUAAAGAAAUAGAUUUGAGAUAUGGUGUUCGUCGGCGGUACAAUGAUUUUUAUAUCGGUGAUUCAGAAAUAAAUUUUGAAGAAAAUACAUUUUAUGUUAAAGAUCAUGAAUAUCCUAUAACUCCUGGUUUAUUAGAACUACUGUUUAAAAAAUCACCCAAUGAUGCGAGUGUUACACAAGACGAUAAAAAUACAUACCUAGAGAUCAUUAAAAACACAAACACUUAUAGAAAAAAUUACAAAUCAGACGGCAGUAUUUAUGAAGAUUCUACAAUAAAGUUUAAUACUUAUAUUGCUGAUUUUCUUACAAAGACAUCUAAGGGAAAAGGAUUACCUAAAUAUAAGAUUGUAAAGAAGAAGAAAACACAUAUGGACUAUGUUUAUUGGGAUAAUCCAAAUGAACUGGUUGAUCGUCUACGUUUACUCAUGGCAUCUCAAGCAGCUGGUAAUCCAAGUCACACAAAUGAAAUUAUAUCAAUAAUCAAAGAGUUACGGGAGGCUGGAAUUAUAUAUUAA